UUCCCGCCCUUCAGCACCUUGCCUCUUCUGCCAGCUACCGCCGUUCCUCCUCACAUCUCCUUCCUGCUCCUCCUGCUCCCUCCUUUCACCUGCUUCAUUGAUCUGAUCCGCCCCCCUCGACUCUCUCCCUGAAUCAUAGAUUCUCUCCUUCUCCUUGCCCCUUGUCGGUCUCAGACCUGCCUCAGGGUCUCCCAUCCUCCUACCUCCGUUGCUUCGUGAGCCCCAAACGUACCGAAUUCUCUUUUCUUUCCGACUUGAGUCAAUCUUGAACUUAGUCUUGACCACCAGCCUUCCCUGUGAAGCUCUUUAUGCCCACGCCAUUCUAGCAAAAGGCACUAGAUCUGCAUUUCAGCUCAUUUUGGGGGUCCAUCAGUAUUUCUGACGAUCGUCGGCCCAGUUCAUUUCUGUUUGGCAACACAUAUGAUGAAGAAGAGUAACCUCUUGUUUCUUUGCUGCCUAUUGUCAAUUUUGUUGGCAUAUUCUGAAGCUGUCAGCUCGUGCAGCUCAGUUUCUUGCCCGAGGUUCCUGGAGAACCUGUGCGGGUUGCCAGCUCCAGGAUGCGAGGAGGCUCUCACUGCAGAAUUAGCGGAGAAGCUGCAAGGAUCUUAUAUCAAGCCCAAAGAGCAUCCUUACCACAAACUGGAGUGCCCCAAUUGGAAGCAGGUCUGGGAAAAUUUUUCGACUACGCGAACGGAAAUUGCGCUUUUCGUUUCUCCUCCGGUUGUGUCUUUCCCUGCUUUGAAGCUCCAACUUCGCAAAGAUUGAAAGGUGGAGGUGAACGAGAGCGAU